CGGGGACUCACCUCGCUCGGCUAAUCUGGGACGGGAUGUCUCUGUUUGCAGCUGUACUCCGUGUACCUGGACGGGUUCCUCUUCUGCAGGGUGCGCUACAGCCAGCUGCAUCGUUGGAACGAACAGCUGAGGCGGGUCUUUGGAAACUGCCUGCCACCCUUUCCACCGAAGUACUACUUGGCGAUGACCACAUCUAUGGCUGAUGCGAGGAGGGAUCAGCUGGAACAGUACUUGCAAAAUGUAACUGUGGACCCAAAAAUGCUGAGAAGUGAUGUCUUCGUUGAUUUUUUAAAACUGGUGCAGCUGGACACAUUUAGCAUCACUACCAAGAAAUCCUCUGUGGAUGUGUUUCUGCCCGAUGGAAGGAGUAUCCAGGUUGAAAUUCUAACCUCAGACACUGCCGAAAGAGUCUUAGAGAUGGUGUCACACGAAAUUGGACUGUGUCGGGAGCUCCUGGGCUACUUCGGCCUAUUUCUCAUUCAGUUUUGCAAGGAAGGCAAGUUCUCUGUUGUGAAAAAAUUGGCAGACUUUGAACUCCCUUAUGUUAGUCUUCGAAGUUCUGAAGAGGCAAACUGUAAGGUUGGACUUAGGAAGUGGUACUUGGAUCCGUCCCUCGAUUCCAUGCUGAUGGACUGCAGAGCAGCUGUAGAUUUGAUCUAUAUGCAGGCAAUACAGGACAUUGAAAAGGGAUGGACCAAACCCACACCUGCGCAGAGGCAGAAAUUAGAGGCUCUCCAGAAAGAAGACAACCAGACACAGUUUUUGGAGCUGUCCCGGGACGUACAGCACUAUGGAUAUGUGCAGCUGGAUCCUUGUACCUGUGACUACCUAGAACCGGGCUGUGGGGCCAUUGUUUCCGUUGGCAAUAAUGAGAUCAGCUGCUGCAUAACCCUGCCUGAUAACCAGACCCAGGAUGUCAUUUUCCAGAUGAACAGAGUGAAGUCCUGGCAGAUCACUUUCCUUGGGACUCUGCUGGAUAUGGAUGGGCCCCAGCGAACUCUCAACCAGAACUUAGAGCUCAGAGUUCAGUAUAGCAAGGAUAGUCGCUCGCAGUGGUUUGUUAUUUACACCAAACAGGCUUUCUUGCUGAGCAGCUGCUUGAAAAAGAUGAUCUCAGAAAAGAUGGUAAAGCUAGUUGCAGAGAAUCCAGAAAUGCAGAUUGAAGUUCCGGAACAAGCCAAAAGUAAAAAGUACCACAUUCAACAAAGCCAGAAAGACUAUUCUAGUUUUCUACCAAGAAAAAGCAAGAUCAAAGUAGAGAAAGUUGACUGUGUUUUUGGGACCAUAAAGGAAGAAGAUCUUUGAAGAGAAAGUCAGCGUCCUCCAAGGCUGUCCCUACACUGAAAGAGCCUGAGGGUUGAAAGUGGGCUUCCUACCAUCAGUGGAAGAAAUUUGACCUCUUCCCAUUUUUUUCACAUUAAGAUGGACCAUAUUCAUCUAGACUACUUCAAGAGAACUCUGUUAAUCUCAAGAUUAAAAAGAAAUACAAACCAAAGUUACAUAGUUUGUUUUUAGUGAUUCAUAAAUGACAAUUGGCAAAUCCAAAUCAAUUAGUAUGAAGCUCAUUCUUUUGUAUUUUCCUAAAGUAGAUGUUUGCCUAGCUUCAUGAAGUUUUUUAUAUGUUCUAGUAUUACAUGACUGAAAGGCUUAGUAUAAAACACUAUAAAUCCAUUUGGGGUUAAGUUCUGAAGAUCUGAUGACUCAUCAGCUGAGGAGAAUGUGGCUCUGUCUAGAAAAUGAAAUCAUCGAAAGAGAAAUCUGGGCUUCACUGAUCCAUCGACAGCACCAGAGCAAGAAGGUGAAGAACUGCUGAUUUGUUUCCCUGUGUAAUUCGGAGCCUGUCAAUGUGGAUGUACUAAAAGAAAUAGGCUGCUCAUUCUGUUUCUCCCCUCUUCUGAUUGUAUUCUGUCUUUAAAAUACUGAAUUCAGCUCAAUAACCAUCAUACUAUUUUGAAUAUUUUUAUUUUGGAAAGCAAAGGGGCCCUGCACUUGAUAUCAGAGACACUAUGUCUCUGAGCUUUAAAAAUAUGUAUACUUUUUCACUAGAUUAUUCCUUAUCCAGUUUCAGUUUAUCAUGAUAAUUAAUGUAAUUAUAUAUAGAAUUAAGGCGUCAUAAGGGAGAGGGACAGAAGAAUCUAUGUAAUGUAAUUAGAUAAAGUGCAAUAUUCUAAUGUUCUUUUCUAACUGGGUUGUGUAACUAAUUAUAAAUAUGAAAUAUAUUCUACUGAAUACAGAAUUUACUGAUGAAAAUUCUGUGAAUAAUCUUUUUGAAGUGUAGAAUCUAUUAAAGCCCUAUAAUAUUUAUAAAGCAAUGCCUCUAGCCAUAACUUCUGGUGCCAUAAAGUUUUAAAUUUAUAUUUUAGGCUGUAGUAGAAAAUUUUGGCAGCGGGGAAUCAUAAGCAUCCCAAAUCAUCUGUAGUGAGUGUAUUAAUGGAUUAAGAAUGCAUUUUCAGAUUAAAAUGGAAGCUUAUCUGCUA